AUGGAACAGCCAACUUCCAGCACCAAUGGGGAGAAGACGAAGAGCCCCUGUAAAUCCAACAGCGAAAAUGAUGAGAUGCAAGAGGUACCAAACAGAGUCUUAGCCCCCGAACAGAGUUUGAAAAAGACAAAAACAUCAGAAUAUCCAAUAAUAUUUGUGUAUUACCGCAGGAAGGGUAAGAAAAUAAAUUCAAAUCAACUGGAGAAUGACCAGUCCCAAGAGAACUCCAUCAAUCCAGUCCAAAAGGAGGAGGACGAAGGCCUAGGCUUAUCUGAAGGAUCUUCAAAUGAGGAUGAAGACCUAGGCCCAUCUGAAGGACCUUCAAAGGAGGACAAAGAUCUAGACUCAUCUGAAGGAUCCUCACAGGAGAACGAAGACCUAGGCUUAUCUGAAGGAUCUUCACAGGACAGUGGGGAGGAUUAG